CCUCAACAUCAGUGUCUCAAAUCACUUUAUAAUAUUUUCUGGAUAAAUUCAUAUGAGUUCAUUGAAUGUUAUAGGCCAUCAUGUGCAUUUCGUGAAAAAUGAAGAAUCUAAUGGCAUAAUUGUAUCCAGAAUAGUUAACCUGAGUUUUUUAAUAGUUUUGAGCUAGCUAUUGUAUGUCCAUAGUAUCAACAGGAGUUGCAAUGUCCUUGAACCAAGAGAGAGAGAUAGAGAAUACAAAGAAAAUUCUUCUUCCCUUGUAGUUUAUAAGCUGUUAAACAUAAAUGACAUCCGGCUAUUGAUGGAGUUCAAAGGUUCUAUUUUGUAAUGGUCUUAUCACUGUAUUUUCUUUGUUAAAUUAUUUAACUAUUCACAGUUAAAAUAGACAUGUGCAAUGACACAACAUCAUCAUCAGCUUAAAUGGAUACACCAGAUAACCAAUUUAAAUCUGUUCUUGUUGUGGUUCACAUAUUUUGUGGUAUCUAUACUUCUAGUAAACUACUUGGCAAACAAGAUAAAGAUAUGAGACAAACUAUGCUCCACCUGGAUGUGUGGAUUGUUAAACCAACAAUGCCUACGCCCUAAACAAUUUCUCACAUGCAUCCAUCACAUGGCUAUGCUCCCUUUGUGUCCCAGCAUGUGGGUGCUAUAUAAAAAUGGAUUGCUUCUGAUCUUAAGAAUAUAUGGCCAAGUUACUUCUAAUGCCUCUCUCAUUGCCAUGUGAUGACGAGCCACAACUGCCAUGGUCAGAUCUAACUCAUCCACAAAAAUUAACUCGAGAGGAAAUAGUUCCCAUAACUUAUCAAAUAUGCUAUUGCUUUGAUCAAACAGCAGGCUACUAGAGAUUUAGAGAGCAUUAAUUACUUCCAUAGCAAAGAGUUGUUGUUCAUUGCCUUCCCAUAAAGAUCAAGAACAAGCCAUAAACUUACAAGCCAUAACUAACAGCAAAAAGACUAAUUAGAUUCUUGGCGGCAUUUGCAUUGUUUACGUGAUACAAAGGUGCCAAUCUUUUGGAAGUUCAUUGAAUCUUAAUAUGAGCCAUUAAUUAGGCAUGUCUGCAAGAAAUGAGGAAUCUAGUGAUACCUGCUUUGGCAGUUCUUGGACAUAUGGGACCCAACUUCCUCUCUCCACCACAUAACAUGUUGAUAACAAAAUCACACUUGCACAACCUAACCUGAUUUUACCAAUAAAUCAGAGGUCUGCACACCAAUCAGAUAUUGCUCAACCUUGAUGGGAUGAUUAUCAAUCACAAGCAAACAUGUCCACCUCCUAGAGAUGCCUCUACAUCCAUCUAUCACAUGGUUUUGCUUCCCAUGUACAUCUCCUUUGUGGGGUCUCCAAGAGAGGAACUGUGUCUCUCCUGAGAAUAUAUAUAUUCAGGUCAUUUAGCCUUAUUGCCCAUCACAAAGCUUAGCAUUAGCACUUCAAAAUCUAAAGCCUUCCACCACUUUCUCCCACAAAGCUUUCCAUUCAGUUUAUAAAGUAACAAGAUGGUCAGCACCAAGAAACUCAUCAAAUUGGCAAGGAAAUGGCAGAAACUGGCUGCAAUCAAGCGAAAAAGAAUUGCAUUGCCACAAACUACUGGAACCGCAGAUACUAGCAGCUCUCCAAUGGCUGAGAAGGGCCAUUUUGCUGUGUACACAGUAGAUAAAAAACGUUUUCUUCUUCCUUUGGAAUAUCUUAACAAUGAAAUGAUUCAAGAGCUAUUCAAUAUGGCAGAAGAAGAGUUUGGAUUGCAAAGCAAAGGACCUCUCUCACUGCCAUGUGAUGCAGAGCUUAUGGAAUAUGCAAUCACUUUGAUCAAACAGAAGGUUACUAGAGAUGUGGAGAAUGCUUUCUUGAUGUCCAUAUCUAGCCAUUGCUUUUCACCAUCUUUCUGUCACCAAGAUCAAGUAUCAAGCAAUCAGUUUCCAAUUUGUAGUUUUUGAAGAGUUAAGAGUUAGAUUUGCUAACAAGGCAUGCAAGUGUACAUUUAUACUAUUUAUCACAAAUCUUCAGAAAAAAAAGAAUCAUUUUUUUUUUCUUUCC